UAGGUUUAUUGGUUAGGAUUUAAGCUGUCACUGCAGUGCACACGACAAAUUUCGCCAAAGCUCAGCAACAACUGUCUACCCAAGGAGGCUUGUGGCUACCGACAAAAUUGACCGCCAUUGACCUCGCGGGAAAAGUUUCACAUUUUGAUCCACAACAAUCCGCUCGACGUCGCCCCAUACAACCUGACAAUAACAAAAAAGCGCUGGAAAAAAAAGUUUCCAUUUUGCUCGCGGUGCGAAUUCGAAUAUACUUCGUGAUCCUCAGUCAACGUAACCUAUGACAGCAACGCGUACGGCGUCAGUCGACGUUGGUCGACGUUAAGUUCCUCCAGUUAGUGGUAACGAGCGGUAACAAUAAACUGAAAAUAGGAUCCUUGUAAUUCAUAUCAACGCUAUCACGUUAAAACUUAAGUAUAGUGAACAGCGCGUCGUGUUACAUUUAACGAAAAUCUUUGAAGAUGCCGAAUACAGAGUUCAAAACCCAGCGAGGAUUCACGCUUGGCGAGUUAAUGCGCAAACCUAAUCUGGUUCUGGAGGCUGGCGACGAUAUCGAUGAUGACGAAGACGACCAGGUGUACGGCUUCAAUAACCGCAACAUCAGCAAUGAAGAGAUGAUGAAAUAUUUGAAUAUCGACGACAACGAGGACAGCGCCAAUCCUGAAAACGAUGGUGAAAAUCAGGCUGAUUCAAUUAAGAUUGUUCCAUGCAACACAAGCUUUGAGGAUCUCAAAGUUAACAUGACCGAUGUAACGGGCGAAGGAAAGAUUUUCAAGUCUGUGAAGCAAGUCGGAGUCGGGGAAGUUGUUCCAAUGGAUGCCAUGGUGUAUGUCCAGUACAUGGGCUACUUUGAGUAUCAAGAUGAACCGUUCGAUUCGUCUUACUUGCGCCAGACAUCAGAGAGGGUGCGACUGAACAAGGGAGUGCUGCUACCGGGACUGGAAAUUGGGAUUCAGACUAUGAAGAAGCACGAGAUUUCUCACUUCAUCAUCCAUCCUGAUUAUGCCUUUGGACCCAUGGGAUGUCCUCCCAGAAUUCCUCCCAACGAGGAAGUCAUGUUCGCUGUUUACCUGAGCGACUUCGUUGACAAUGCAGCUGCGGAUACUUACGACAACUUGGACCAGGAGGAGAGAAAGUCUAUGGAAAAAGCCUUUCCUAAGGCAAUGGCUGUUCAUGCUACUGCAAAUGAUGAUUUCAAUAGAAAUAGAACAAAACAGGCUGCCAGAGGGUACCAAAAGGUCGUUAAGAUUUUGGAGAGUAUUGCAUUGGAGAAUGAGGAAGAACAAACUAAGCAACAGAAAGCAUUGACCAAGGCCUAUGUCAAUUUGGGCAUCUGUUACAACAAACUCGGUGAACCUCGUAAAGCUUGUACCGUUUGUAGAGAUGUACCUGUGCCAAACGCAAAAGCCUUUUUUACGCAUGGAAAGGCGCUGAUGACUAUGGGCGAAUACGAUAGAGCGAUGGAGGAAUUCCACAAAUCUCGGAUGAUCGACCCUAACAAUCAAAGGAUUGUGAAAGAAAUCAAACAGCUCAACGAACGUAUAAUGGCAUACAAAAGUAAGCAAAAGAAACUGUUCUCAAAAUGGCUGCAGGUUAAGUCAAAUGACAAGGAAAUGGACGAGCAUGUUAAAUGUGCUCGUGAACUUUGUGAAGAGUUGAAAAAUAAUCCGGAUGUGAUGCGGCAGCCUUUGCCCGCUGGGUUGAAUGAUCGCGAAUUGGAUUGCUUCAAACAGCAGGCAGCUACUAUGGGCUUGUUUUUCACAUCCCACGAACGAUUCGGCCAUACUAAUUAUUACAUUUCUAAACCAAGUUACGAACCUGCCAGACGAGCCUAAAGACUUAUUUUCAUUACAUCGCCAAUUCAAUUAGAGUACAAUAUUUUAAUUUUAAGAAUAUAGUCCACAGUGUUUGGUGUGAAAACUUCUUCCAAUAUCCCAACCGUCUGACAUCCUUAUUCAGCAUGCUUGCUAGGAUUUAAGUUUGAUCAUAGAGUAGACUCAGCAAGCCAGAAAGUUUUGUUUAAAACUUCACAUGCGUCAUCCUGCAAUGUGAAAAAUACCCGUGCAAAAUUGAUAUUUGACAAUCGCUUUGCUUUAUUCAAAGGCCAAAAAUGAAACAAGUGAAAAUAGUCGUGUUUACGUAUUAUUUUGCUGAUGCCUUCACUCUGCGAUUGGGUAAAUUAAUUAUCUGUUACUUCGCUUUUUGUUAUUCUAUUGAUCGUUCAUUAUUAUAAGAGAUGUUAUUUUAUGUAUGAAAAAUAUGAAUGAAUCAAUAAAUAAAGGAAAGCUAUUCAUA